UAUAGGGUUAUUUAUUGCAGAAACAAUUCCAGUGUGAGAAAAGCCACAAUAGCUGAGUGAAUUUUAAGUGAUAUUGAGACAAUUGAUUUGCAUAUGCUCUUCAACUGCGUCUGAGUCGCGCAUCUUCAGUCUCUCAGCAUCACUGAUAGCGUCCAGAUUUAUCCGCGUAUAUUUCGUGCCAUUGUAUUUUCCCUCCGACAAGUGGCUUUCUUUGCAACAUUUUCUGCUGAUACGCGCAGUGCCGCGCAGGAGGGUCGUAAAAAGUGAAUAUUUGAUACUUAGGAGAGAUUCUCACGGUGAAAUUGGAAGGAAGGAUAAUUUAUUUGACGCGACGAUGGCGGAUUCGCUAAUUGAAAUGGGUUCUGUGGAUAAAUCGAUGAAUCGCUUUCAAGUGAAGAGAGUGAGUCACGGUGAAAACUACCGUCGAUCGACGCCACAACGGCAAGACAACGACGAUGAGGAUGACACGUUUCCCGAAGAAACGGCUGCAAUGAUCGCCAGACGUCAAUCCAGACUCUCAUCAAUAAAGACGAGCUUUCGAGAUAUAGACAAACCGUCGAGAUUCAAAGAUUUGCAAAUGACGAGAUUCCAGGUGGACUCAGAGACCAAUGACUCGGAAGAGGAGCAGAACGAUCUGCUGGACGGCAGUGAUUAUGACACGAAGAUCUAUAAGAGCUUCAGGCAUUUCACCAGAGAAGCUCUGCCGAGGCUUGACAACUACCGAAACAUCCUCAGUAUUACACAUUCCAAUCGUCCAACGCUGGAUGAAUUGCACAAUGCCACAAUUUCCAACAAGACUCAUGGAACCCUUCAAAAUCGGCCCAACUCUUCAACCAGCGCGAUUGGAAUGAAGUUCGGCUGGAUGCAGGGCGUUCUCAUGCGAUGCUUGCUCAACAUUUGGGGCGUGAUGCUCUUCCUGCGUCUCAGCUGGGUCAUCGGUCAGGCUGGAGUGGCUCAGGGAAUAAUCCUUAUUCUCACCACGUCCGUUGUGACUACAAUAACUGCGCUUUCAAUGUCCGCCAUCAGCACAAAUGGCGUGAUAAAAGGAGGCGGAACGUACUACAUGAUCUCGCGUUCCCUGGGCCCGGAAUUCGGUGGCUCAAUAGGGCUAAUCUUCUCACUGGCGAAUGCAGUAGCAUGUGCGAUGUACGUGGUGGGCUUUUGCGAAUCGAUGCAAGACUUGCUGAGGUCCUUUGGUAUGGCCAUCCUCGACGAUGGGGUCCACGAUGUCCGGAUAAUCGGCAGCAUCACGAUCAUAGCCUUGCUUGCCAUCGUCGUGAUCGGAAUGGAGUGGGAAGCCAAGGCCCAAGUAGGCCUCCUUGUCAUACUCCUUGUCGCCAUUGCCGACUUUCUCAUUGGCACUUUAAUCGGCCCAAAGAGUGACUUGGAGAUGGCUAAGGGCUUUGUCGGUUAUAACGCCACAGUUUUCGUGGAGAAUCUCUCUCCUGAGUACCGAACAGAGAAUGGCGUUGAACACAACUUCUUUUCGGUUUUCUCCAUCUUCUUUCCUGCCGCAACAGGCAUUCUCGCCGGGGCGAACAUCUCCGGUGAUCUCAAGGAUCCACAGAAAGCCAUUCCCAAAGGGACCCUCCUUGCAAUCGGGAUCACAACAGCCUCCUACGUAGUUAUGGCCUUGUGUGCUGGUGCCACAGUCGUCAGGGACGCCACGGGAAACGUCACCGAUGUGGUUAACGGAACACUAGAAUUCGUUAACUGCACCGAACCCUGCCGCUAUGGUUUGCUCAACUCCUUCCAAGUCAUUGAGCUUGUUUCAGGAUUCGGACCACUUAUCUACGCGGGAUGUUUCGCCGCAACUCUCUCGUCAGCUCUGGCCAGUCUGGUGUCGGCUCCUAAAGUCUUUCAGGCCCUGUGCAAGGAUGAGCUAUUCCCCAAAAUCAAGUGGUUCGCCCGUGGAUACGGGAAGAACGAUGAGCCUGUCAGAGGAUACAUCCUCACCUUCUUCCUGGCUGUGGCUUUCAUACUUGUUGGGGAACUGAACCUCAUAGCACCGCUCAUAUCCAACUUCUUCCUAGCGGCCUACACUCUUAUCAACUUCAGUACAUUCCAUGCAAGCUUCGCGAAAUCCAUCGGUUGGAGACCCACUUUCAAGUACUACAACAUGUGGCUUAGUUUAAUUGGCACAGUUCUCUGUGUUUCCGUCAUGUUCCUGAUAUCUUGGGCAACAGCACUCCUUACUUUUGCAUGCGUCAUUGCUUUGUAUUUGAUAGUUCAUUACCGCAAGCCCGAUGUCAAUUGGGGCUCUUCAACUCAAGCCCAAACCUACAAGAACGCCCUAAUGUCUGUUCAGCAACUCAACAACGUAGAAGAGCAUGUUAAGAACUAUCGUCCUCAGAUUCUAGUUCUGUCAGGUCUACCUAGCAUUCGAUCUAUUUUAGUUGACUUUGCCUAUUUGAUCACGAAGAACGUAUCACUUCUUGUUUGUGGGCAUGUUAUUCAGAGCGCUAGUAAUCAGAAACACAGACUAUACAUGCAACAGAAGACAAAGGAGUGGUUUGAUGAUCACAAGAUGAAGGCCUUCUAUGCUUAUGUGGACGAUGAUGACUUUGAGUCAGGAUGCAAGGCUCUGAUGCAGGCAGCCGGGAUUGGGAAGCUAAAGCCUAAUAUUGUGAUGAUGGGGUACAAGAACGAUUGGAAAACCGCAGAUCCCAGUGCUCUGAAGCAGUACUUUAAUGUGGUUCACAAGGCCUUUGAUAUGUACUUCGCCGUUUGCAUCCUGAGAGUGAACAACGGCCUGGACUAUUCCAAAGUGUUGGGCGAUGAGUUGACAAGGAGCAUCGUAAACGUGCCAAAGGGUAUGCAAGGUAGCGACAGCGCAACUGACCUUCUCAUCACGGCCAAGAAAAGCGAGCACGGAAGUUGCGACUCAUUGAGCAGAAAUGAUUCUCAAGUUGAGGAAUCUAGAAAGAUUGCCCACAAUGAGAAUGAAUUAAAGAAAAACACUAAAAAUCAGGCCAGCAGCACGAGUGAUUUAUCUCUGAUGGGGAAUCCCAUUUUGGCCACAAACACCGUCUCCAUUCUUCCUGAUCCGUCCACCGUGAAGACCAAUAUGUCCUACAAUAUCUCUCUGACGAAGAAGGGUGAGAAGAGGACACCCGACGAUCCGGCAACGAUGUUCAAAGGACCCGGAGGGAGUGAGCUGCCCAGGGAGAUUCUUGAUGACUUAACAAUAUUCACGGCGAAGCGAAAGGACGCGGUCAUUGACGUAUGGUGGCUCUAUGAUGAUGGCGGAUUGACCCUCCUCUUGCCCUACAUCAUGAGCACCAGGCGCAAUUGGAACUCCUGCAAAUUGAGAGUCUUCGCACUGGCCAACAAGAAGGCGGAACUGGAGUUUGAGCAGAGAUCUAUGGCAAGUCUUCUGGCCAAGUUCAGGAUUGAUUACUCAGAUCUUCGUCUACUGCCGGACAUUACAAAGAAGCCGCAAGAGGAUACCACCAAAUUCUUCAAUGACCUCUUGGACGACUACCGUAAAGCCCAAACUAAGGAUGGCGUUGAUGGAGACACCCUGAUUACAGAAAGUGAACUCCUCGCCGUGAAGGAUAAGACCAAUCGCUACCUUCGUCUGAGGGAAUAUCUUCACGAGCACUCAAUGAAGUCCGAUCUGGUGGUCAUGACUCUGCCCAUGCCGAGGAAGAGCAUAGUCUCAGCGCCACUUUACAUGGCCUGGCUGGAGAGCAUGAGCUACAAGAUGCCGCCUUUCCUCUUUGUUCGCGGAAAUCAGUCCAGCGUCCUCACAUUCUACUCCUAAUCGUAUUUAACACAGCCUUAUUUAUUGGAGAAGCGAAGUUCAAAUAGAAUGUAGAACUAAUAUCUUAACUCUGAAACAUUGUCAAUUCGAUAACUAAGAAAAGAGGUGUAAUAAAUUGUAUGAACUCAUAAAGAAGACACGCAGGCGAUUUCUUGAGAUGAGUCUUCGUGAAAGGUAAAUAUUUAAA